AUGGUGACGCCGACCCAGCACGCGAGCGACGAAGCUCCUUCUCCACGUCAUCAAGCCUAUCCAGACGACGGCGCUCCAUUGCGGACGGCGCUGGACCCGCUUUUCCGCCGUGACUGUCACCUCCCCGUCGCCCACGACGCGCACGCCCACUUGCGCUCGAGCGCACAGGCGACUGCGGGCGAGAUAGGCCCUGCUGACGCUGGCGGCCAGGAAAACGGUCCCCGCGACGAGGGGAGUAGAGCCGCUGGCGCUUUGCAGGAGGGGGCGAACACGGAGCUGGGGGCCGACGCCCAGACGUCUGGCGGGCACGCGACCGCUGGCGAGAUGAACGAGGAGGGGGCGAACGAUGACGAUGCAAACGGCGGUCACGGGAUCGGCUUCGCGACGCCACGCGACGAGGCGAACGAGGAGACAGCGGCGAACGGGCCGCACCGUGACGAUCAUCGCGGCGGCUCUCCCGCUUAUCGUCGCGAGCUGCCGACGAGCGACGGCGAGGCGAACGCUCCUGCUCGCGCUGCUGGUCCUCGAAGCGGCGGCGGAUCUGAUCAGCGGACGCCGGUGGAGCAACAGGUACGCUCGCGGCAGGGCGUGCAGGAGGACGCGGACGGGGAGCGGGAUCGCUCUCCGUGGGGCAGUCGCGGCCCAGAGCGCCGAGGAAAUCCAUCAGCGAGCGCUCAGGGCGCUCCACUGCCACAAGAGGAGCCGACGACGCCGAUCUCCUAG